AUGACAUCUACAGCUGCUACGAGAAGCUUGUCAUCGAUAUUACCAUUAUUGAAGGAUGUUGGACCAUACAAUGAGGUACCAGAUGAAUAUGAUUUCCUACAAGCUAGUAAAUCAUUAACAACAUCAGCAAUAUUAGUAAUUGGUGCAGGCGGAUUAGGAUGUGAAAUAUUGAAGAAUCUAGCAUUAACUGGCUUUAGAAAUAUACAUUUAAUUGAUAUGGAUACAAUUGAUAUAUCAAAUUUAAAUCGACAGUUUUUAUUCAGGCCUAAUGAUAUAGGUAAAUCAAAAGCAGAGGUAGCAGCUAAUUUUGUUCGAUCAAGAAUAAACGAUGAUACCUUAAAUAUAGUCCCAUACUUCGGAAAGAUUCAAGACAAACCAAUUGAAUAUUACCAACAAUUUGAUGUUAUAAUAUGCGGACUUGAUAAUGUAGAGGCAAGAAGGUGGAUAAACGCUACUUUGGUAUCAAUGGUUGAUUCAGACUUGAAUAACUUGAUACCUUUGAUUGAUGGUGGUACCGAAGGAUUCAGAGGCCAAUCAAGAGUUAUAUUGCCCCGAUUAACAUCGUGUUACGAGUGUACAUUGGACAUGAUAAAUCCUAAAGUUACAUACCCGGUGUGUACUAUUGCAAAUACGCCAAGGUUGCCGGAACACUGUAUUGAGUGGGCAAGUGUCCUUCAAUGGCCAAAGAAUUUUCCUCAAAAGAAAUUUGAUGCUGAUGUCCCAGAACAAGUUGAUUGGAUGUAUAAAACAGCAUUGCAAAGAGCUGAUGAGUUUAAUAUAGAGGGCGUCACCAGGCAGUUAACUUUAGGGGUGGUUAAAAACAUUAUACCUGCCAUCGCCUCUACAAAUGCUAUAAUAGCUGCCUCAUGUUGCAAUGAAGCAUUCAAGUUUGUUACAAAUUCGAAUCCUAUUUUAAACAAUUAUAUGAUGUAUUCUGGUGAUUAUUCUAUUUUCACCUACACUUAUCCACACGCACAAAAGCUUAACUGCCCUGUGUGUGGUAACGCAGCAAAGGUUGUUGAAGCACAAAAUUGGUGGACACUUUCUAAAUUCAUGGAGGAAAUUUCUAGUAAACAGGAGAUCUCAAUGACUCAACCUUCAUUGUCCACAUCCAGCAAUUACUUGUACUUGAGGCAUCCAAAGAGUUUGGAAGAGAUAACAAGUCCUAAUUUAAAUAAGAAGUUGAAUACGUUGGUGAAACCAGCCGAAGAAAUGAUCAUUACUGAUCCCAAUUUGCCAAUAUCUUUGAAGUUAGUAGUCAAUUUUGUGGGGCCCGAAGACGAACCUAAUGACAUUAAGUCAGUACUAUCAUGA